CUGCAGUUUACGGGUGGAAGUUCCCUGGCGUGUGGGGAGUUUGUGCUGAAACAAAAAGAAGGAAAAAAGUGACACCAGUUCUAGGUACAGGCCAAAUUAGUGCAUUCAUUACAUUUGAUACUACAAGUGGCCGUUGUUCCGCGAGUGUUUAAGGAUUGUUUUUGCCAGAAGACGGCAAACCGGAAAUGGUAGGCGACUUCGAGUCUAAUUAGUGAAACCUGCCACUGGUAGUUCAUCAAGUACAAAUCGAAACUAAAGGUCGUGAAAACAUCUGUGUUCUGUGUAUACGAAUUGGAUCAAUUAUUUACGAGUGUUUCAAGAUUAAUUUAUUCUAGAAAAGUUUAAAACCUGAGAAAAAAGUUUAUUGAUCAUCGAUACUUGUUUUCAACUAAAAUUAAAAUCUAUUCAAAAUCCGUCCAAUUUAAAGAGUAUAAAGGCAGAAAAUAGAGAGUUGACAAGGGAAGGAAAAGAAAUGCCAGCAAUUUUCCUACGUCAGAAGAUCUCAGCAUAGGCGCAACUUAAUCCCACAAAUUUCGCGAGAACCGCGACGCCUUCAAAAUUCGAAUCUCAACGGACGCCGACGUCGUCAAGAACGACGCCAUCGGGACGCCUAGCAGCACCGACAAACGACGUCCGACAAACAACAACCAUCGGCGAAAGGUUCGUGGAUUGGCUGGAGAAAACAGUGUGAAUGACGACGUCGACGGCCAAUCGUAGGUCCAUUCAGUCGCGUCUCGGUCAUCGUGCGGUUCGGUCGGAAUUUUCCUGGUGCUCUCGGUUCCGUUUUUUUAUUGAGACAACUUAAGCGCCUUUCAGUUGUCUGUCGCCUUUUCAAGUUUCCGGCUUAAGAAUUGCUAAUCAGAAAGGCAAAAUUUCGGUGCCGGUUUGCUGAUAGUGAGUGGGUCUUUUUGUAAAUAAACAAGUGUUAAUUGAAGAUUUUUUCUUAAAUUAGUAAAAAAAAAGUGAGUGCUGUUCCGUCAAUCUGUGGUGCUUCGAGCCAAAGCAGGAAAAGUGAAUGAAUUUGUAAAGUUGUUAAUGAAAACACACUUGGCAGCGAAAUCUGAUACGAAAGUGGUGCCAUCAUUUAGGAGCCGGUAAAACACACUUCAGCCAAACAGAGCUAAGAAGCAGGGUGCGAUUAACUCAAUAGCUACAUCUAGUGAAGCCGGUUAAUUCAUCAGAAUAAGUGUAAAUUUAAGAAGCCACAAAGUGACGUACGUACGACUUCUAUCAGCCAUCAGUCAUAUUAUCAGGCAGCAGCUGAGCAAAUAAAUAAUAGGCGCAACGAGGAAGAUUUACAGUCCCAACAAUUGGCGGUCAUCAUCUAUCGAUAGAAUAAGCUCCGGGAAAAUCCGCGCACAUCGGACAGUGGAGCACAAAAACAUAUCAGCCAUCCUGGACGGUUCCGGUAACUGGAGCUAGGCAGCAGCAGCAGCAACAGUAAUGGUGCUGGUGUUAAAUGGCGUCCUCCAGGACGAGUGUCCCAUGGACACCAACUCACUUUUCGCGCAACAUCCGGUCUACCGGGAUACGGCUACUCAGUUCCUAUCGAUUCCGACCAAAACGGUCGGAGCACCGGGUCUUCUGUACGUGUGUCAACGAGAAAUGGCAGCGGUAGCGCCCCAUGACAAAAAUGUAAAUAUAAUUGGAUCGGACGACGCAACCACCUGUGUGAUUGUUGUGGUGCGGCAUUCAGGUUCCGGUGCGGUGGCCUUGGCACAUCUCGAUGGCAACGGGACAGACGAAGCCGUCUCGACUAUGGUGGCUCGGGUUCAGGAGCUGGCUUUUGGGUAUCCGGAGGGUCGCAUCGAGCUGCAGCUGAUCGGAGGCUUCAAGGAUAGCACUGGGUUCGCGGAGGACCUGUUUAGUAAUAUUAUGCAAUCCUUCCACAAGCACAUCCUGGAGAUCGACCUGACCCAGGCCUGCGUCGGAGAGCUGAACACAAUCCUGCGCGGAGAUGUGCAUUGGCCCAUCAUCUACGGCGUGGGCGUUAACAUGAAAACCGGGGAAAUAUUUCCGGCCACCUUCCCGGACAAGGGUCCGGAUCUGCAGCUGCGGAUGGCGCGCCAUUUUACCGGGGGGCAUCAGGUCCUGGAUAUCUACGAUUCUACGGUUGGAAUGUUGCGGAUUGGACCGUUCAAUUAUGACCCACUGAGGGGUGUGGAUCUGUGGCUAUCCCAGACCGAUGAGUUUAUUCUCAAGCAUCUUUCCACUAGUCCGGAAGUGGAGCCACCCCACUUUGCGAUGCAAGUACGUGCCACACUGAGAUACAUCCAGGACAACCAAUUUCCGGCGGUAACGGUGUUCCGGAACAACAACCCGCACUACUUCCGGCGAGACGAAACGACCGGUUGCUGGAUUCCGGUUCGGUUUUAGAUUGCACACAAAUAGAUUUGAACACACACAACUGGACACCCCCUCAACUGCACCCCGUGCUAAACGGAACGAAGUUCCGUUCCCAUAUUAGAGCUGUUUUUCUUUCUUUCUUUUAUUCGAGUUAAUUAAUAAGAUAGUGGUGCAGCUAGCACGCCUUUUUAUUACUAUUGAAGUAUGUACUAACAAUUUGUAGAGAGCAAACUAUUAUUUUCGAUUGAAUUAAUUCAACUCACCAUUUUAAGAACCGAUCUGCAUACGAAGCAGGAUUCCUAAAUAGCUAACAAGUGAAUUCAAUUUUAAAAAUGUUAUUAGACAAAAUAUCGAUUUCAAAUCAAAACAGUUUGAAAGUUUUUUUUAAAAAUAAAUUUUCCGAUAAGUUUAGGAAAAAAAUCCAUUGGAAAAAAAUUGUAAAGAUAUUCCAGAAACACGUUACGGCAUGUUCAAUUUAGAACUGGUGCUGACCAUUUUUUUCAUGAAUAAAACAGGUGA